GCCGUCGCAGCCGGAGAUUGCGUAUGAUUUUUUGUGGCGAGCGCUUGUGAUCUUCAGGCGCAUGGUUCUUCACAGUCUGAUUCUCCCCUUCCUCCUCAGCAGAUCUCAAUUUUUGAUGAUGAACAUGCUUUUCUGUAAAACUACAAGGUACGCCUUCCCCAGAUAUUUUUCCCAUUCGCCAACUCCUAGGAGCAUUGAAGAGGCUAUCUCUUCAUUUCAUAGCUUGCUUCAUAUGAAUCCCCAACCCUCUAUAGUCCGUAUUAAUAAGAUUCUAGGAUCUGUCGCGAAGAUGAAGCAUCACCGAACUGCUAUUUCCCUUUUCUCAAAAGCAGAAUGCAAGGGAUUCACUCCUUCUUUAUUUACUCUGAACAUCUUGAUCAAUUGUUACUGCCAUUUGGGUAACAUGUCUUUUGCUUUCUCUAUACUAGGGAAGAUUCUCAAGAUGGGCUGUCAGCCAGAUAUAAUAACUUUAACUACUCUGUUGAAAGGUCAAUGCAUUAAUACUAACGUUAGAGAAGCCCUUGUCUUUCAUAAUGACAUAUUGACAAAAGGAUUUCAGUUAGAUGAGGUAAGCUAUGGCACCCUGAUUGACGGCUUCUGUAAAAUUGGAAAAACGUCUGCUGCUCUUGAAUUGCUUCGAAAGAUGGAGACAGGGUUAGUUAAGCCUGGUUUAGUUAUAUACAACACAGUAAUCGAUGGUCUUUGUAAAGAAGGGCUUGCAAUUGAGGCAAAAAAAUUAUAUCAUGAAAUGACUGAGAGGGGAAUAUCUCGGGAUAUUAUUACCUAUAACUCUCUAAUAUAUGGUUUCUGUUGCAUGGAUCAAUGGCAAGAAGCCACGUGGUUGCUAAAUAAAAUGGGGCUGGAAGGCAUCACUCCUUGUAUUUAUACCUUUAAUAUAUUGAUAACCAAAGCUGAGGCAAUAGUUGGUAGGAUGAUGAAAAGUAGCAUAAAGCCUGAUGUUAUUAGUUACAGUGCUUUGAUGGAUGGGUACUGUAUGAUGAAUAAUGUUGAUGAGUCGAAGAAGGUUCUUAAUAGAAUGAAAAGUGAUGUGUUGCCUGAUGUUUUCAGUUACAGUAUCUUGAUUAAUGGGUUAUGUAAAAUGAAGAGGAUUGGUGAAGCCAUGGAUCUCUUUCAAGAAAUGCAAUGCAAAGGUUUGUUUCCUGAUAUUGUGACAUAUAAUACUCUUAUUGAUGGCCUGUUCAAAUCAGGAAAGAUCUCAAACGUGCAGGAACUUAUUUAUGAUAUGCAUGAUAGUGGUCAUCUGCCAGAUAUAGUAACCUACAAUGUCUUGUUGGAUGGAUUGUGCAAGAGCCAGCAUCUUGAUGAAGCAAUUAUGCUAUUCGAAGAAAUGGGUGUCCUAGGAAAACAACCUGAUAUUUACACACACACCAUUCUUAUUGGUGGUUUGUGCAAGGAUGGUAAAUUAAAUACUGCUCAACAAGUUUUUCAGUAUCUUUUGGCUAAUGGUCAUUCUCUAAAUGUCCAAGAAUAUACUGCUAUGAUUAAUGGACUGUGUAAAGAGGGCUUGUUUGAUGAGGGACGGGCAUUACUUUUUCAAAUGAUUGACAAUGGGUGCCUCCCAAAUUUUGGAACUUUUAAAACAAUGAUCGGAACUCUUUUGGAGAAAGGUGAGAUUGAUAAGGCGGAGAAUAUUCUUCAUGAAAUAGUUGCUAGAGGUCUUCAAAGACGAUAAAAGAAAGCCAGAUACUUGUUUUCAUGUUGAAAUUUGUUGAAAUAUUUAACCAAUGCACUGUCU